AUUUUUGAAUGUCCAACCUUUUACCCCCAAAUAGCAGGGGAUAUGCGCAUUCGACAGAAGUAUUUUGUUACACUUGGCUGUUCUUUCUCUGCGCUAGAAUUUUGUAGACUGUAAUCCAGAAAGGCAUGUUGAUUACUUUGGUAUUGAUAGUAGUCGCCAACGUUCAGUUCUGUGCUUAUGGAAGAGAAAUUUUCGAUAUAAGUCAUGCAUACAGGGAUGAUAUGCCGGUGGGCGACUCAGCCGAGGGGCUAGGAAAUCCCCUAAAACUUAUUGCAAGUAUGAAGAAUGGCUCGGAUUACAAUUUCUCAGAGAUGAAGAUGAUCGUACACACCGGCACUCACGUUGACUCCCCUGCUCAUUUCUAUCAGGAGUAUUAUGAAGCUGGCUUGGACGUAGAUACCCUCGAUCUUUAUCUUCUCAACGGUCCUGCACUAGUUGUGGAUGUUCCUAGAGACACAAACAUCACUGCAAAGGUGAUGGAGGGUCUUAAUAUUCCAAGAGGCAUCCAACGUGUGAUUUUUAGGACAUUAAACACUGAUAGGGCAUUCUACUCACAGGGAAGGGCGAUCAUCUUUCUGGAACAGCAACCUUGGCCAUACGACCCCUAUUGGUACAACACUCUACAUCCUAUGUACAGGCGUCUCAUGUGGAAACGAGAGUUUGAUUCGAGCUUUGUUGGCUUCAUGGAAGAUGGUGCCCAAUGGCUUGUAGACAACACACGCAUUAAACUUGUUGGAAUAGACUAUCUCUCUGCUGCGGCCUAUGUUCACUCUACUUCUGCCCAUUUGGUAUUCCUUAAAAACAAGGAUAUCAUUCUGGUGGAAGGCCUGAAACUAGAUGAUGUUGAAUUGGGCAUAUAUUCCCUGCAUUGCCUUCCCCUCAGAUUACUGGGAGCUGAGGGGUCACCUGCACGGUGUAUCUUAAUAAGAUGAUGUUUAUCAUGUUAUUAUCAAAGUUUAAGUGUAUCCGUAAAUAUGAUUUUCACUUUUGAUGCUUUAAGUCGUUGAGCCCAGGCUUCAGGAAAGGGUUUAUUGUAUUCCUAAUCUGUAAUUUGAAAAUCUUACAAAGUUUUAGUAGAAUAUCCCUAUUUUGUGGCAAGUAUGGCAGAAGCUAUAUGACUGAAUUUACUUAUUUUAUAGUUCAACAAUUUAAAUUA